CUGCUCAGCAUGUGGCGGAAGCUGCUCAGCAUGUGGCGGAAGCUGCUCAGCAUGUGGCGGAAGCUGCUCAGCAUGUGACGGGAGCUGCUCAGCAUGUGGCGGAAGCUGCUCAGCAUGUGACGGAAGCUGCUCAGCAUGUGACGGAAGCUGCUCAGCAUGUGACGGAAGCUGCUCAGCAUGUGACGGGAGCUGCUCAGCAUGUGACGGGAGCUGCUCAGCAUGUGACGGAAGCUGCUCAGCAUGUGACGGAAGCUGCUCAGCAUGUGACGGGAGCUGCUCAGCAUGUGACGGAAGCUGCUCAGCAUGUGACGGGAGCUGCUCAGCAUGUGACGGGAGCUGCUCAGCAUGUGACGGGAGCUGCUCAGCAUGUGACGGAAGCUGCUCAGCAUGUGACGGAAGCUGCUCAGCAUGUGACGGGAGCUGCUCAGCAUGUGGCGGAAGCUGCUCAGCAUGUGACGGGAGCUGCUCAGCAUGUGACGGGAGCUGCUCAGCAUGUGACGGGAGCUGCUCAGCAUGUGACGGGAGCUGCUCAGCAUGUGACGGGAGCUGCUCAGCAUGUGACGGAAGCUGCUCAGCAUGUGACGGAAGCUGCUCAGCAUGUGACGGGAGCUGCUCAGCAUGUGACGCGUACAGCAAUAUAUACGACGCCCAAUAAUUCUGUUUAUUCGAAGUUCUAUAAACCCUUAUCAGACUUUCGUUCAAUAAAUAUAAGUUCGUCUUCGUGUAUUUAG